ACCCAGUCCAAGAAGAAAACCUACAAACUGGACUUGUAGAAUAAAAUUACCUCAUCAAAAAGGCAGACUCUGCAAGUUUCUUCAAGACCUACCUGUGCAUAUAGGCCGACCCAGCAAAAGAACUGAGAUUUACAGCGUGAGAUGGAUGGCAGUAAUUGCAAAGUUAUUGCUCCUCUCCUAACUCAGAGAUACCGGAGGAUGGUCACCAAGGAUGGCCACAGCACACUCCAAAUGGAUGGCGCUCAAAGAGGUCUUGUGUAUCUUCGAGAUGCGUGGGGAAUCCUAAUGGACAUGCGCUGGCGCUGGAUGAUGUUGGUCUUUUCUGCUUCCUUUGUUGUCCACUGGCUUGUCUUUGCAGUGCUCUGGUACGUGCUAGCUGAGAUGAAUGGUGACCUGGAGCUAGAUCAUGAUGCCCCUCCUGAAAACCACACUAUCUGUGUCAAGUACAUCACCAGUUUCACAGCUGCGUUCUCCUUCUCCCUGGAGACACAACUCACAAUUGGUUAUGGUACCAUGUUCCCCAGUGGUGACUGUCCAAGUGCAAUCGCCCUACUUGCCAUACAAAUGCUCCUGGGCCUCAUGCUAGAGGCUUUUAUCACAGGUGCCUUUGUGGCGAAGAUUGCCCGGCCAAAAAAUCGAGCGUUCUCAAUUCGUUUCACUGACUUAGCAGUAGUAGCUCACGUAGAUGGCAAACCUAAUCUUAUUUUCCAAGUGGCCAACACUCGACCGAGCCCUCUAACCAGCGUUCGGGUCUCAGCUAUACUCUAUCAGGAAAAAGAAAACGGUGAACUCUACCAAACCAGUGUGGACUUCCACCUUGAUGGCAUCAGUUCUGAGGAAUGCCCAUUCUUUAUCUUUCCACUAACCUACUAUCACUCCAUUAUACCAUCGAGUCCUCUGGCUACUCUGCUCCAGCAAGAAAAUCCUCCUCACUUUGAGUUAGUUGUGUUCCUUUCAGCAAUGCAGGAAGGCACUGGAGAAAUAUGCCAAAGGAGGACAUCCUACCUCCCCUCUGAGAUCAUGUUGCAUCACUGUUUUGCGUCUCUGUUGACCCGAGGUUCCAAAGGUGAAUAUCAAAUCAAGAUGGAGAAUUUUGACAAGACUGUGCCUGAACUUCCAACUCCUCUGGUCUCUAAGAGCCCAAACAGGACUGACCUGGACAUCCGUAUCAAUGGACAAAGCAUUGACAAUUUUCAGAUCUCUGAAACAGGACUGACAGAAUAAGAUGUGUCCAUAGCACCCUAUUUUUUAAUGUAUUAAACGUACCCUGCCAGUUAUGCAGCUACUUUUUCUUUAUCAUAUCUCAUAUUUUCUUUUUUUUUUCCAAUGCUGAUUACAUCUCUCUGACUACAUCAUAGUAAUCAAGCCUAUGCCCAUAAAAAAUGGCUGAGCUAACAAUACACAGUCUGGAAACAUAAUAUUCUACUUUACAAAGUUUGUAUCUGUGGUUAUCUGCUGAAAUCAACACAUCUCAACAUGACAGAUUAUUUAUAUCGAAAUGUUGCUGAAUUUAUAAAGAUGUAGUAUGACACCAAUAAUGAAGGUAAAAUGAACAGCGAAGUUCAACACAGCUGAACUCUAAAAAAAAUCAACCAAAAAAUUACUCAUUUUCAUCUGCAAGUUGAAGCAACAGUCUAGUUUCAAACCUAGCUCCCUGGGUAGAAAGAUGAUUUCACAAUAUUUAGUGAACAUCCUUUUAAAACUGUUAUUUGUUUCAAGACGACAAAGAUCAUUCUUCUGGUUCUUUAUACUACAAAACUGGGGUAAGUAUUACCCCUUAAUUUUUAACAGCUAAGAACAAAAAAUGUACAAGAACAACAGCAAAGUAUAGAUUUAUACAUAGCUCCAAAAGCAUCUGAGCAUGACACCUAAACACACGUUAUUUGGGGCAGAAAGUGAUCAGAGAAAGUAAGAUAAGUUCCAGCUCAAGUGGAACCUGUGGUGGUAUUUCUGACAAGGAGAAACAAAAUCAUACCUACAUUAAAGCUACACUGCCUAAUAACCAAAUCGUGAUUUAAAAAUUAUAAUAAUCUACUCCUCUAAAUGGCUUAUAACAGAAGCAAAAACAUUCCCUUCCUACCUAUGAUGCAUUCAUUGGCAUAAAAAACCAUGACAGCUCUAAGUAACUCAUAAAUGCAAAUAUAUUUAAGUUUUUAUAGAUAUAAAGGUUGAGUAAGAUAUAAUUCAACUAGGAAAAAAUCUCCAUAGAUAAAGCAAAAAAUAAUUAGGCAACGAAGUAUUUUCAAAUCCAAAUUCCUGUUUCCAACUUCAAAUAGUUCUUUCUAUAAACACAAAAUGAGUGUUUAUUCACCAGUAGGAGGUUGGACUAGAUGAAUCUAUUAUUUCUUUCCAAAUCUAAUAAUACCCCAUGAAAAUUAUGCUUCCUCUGCCUCAUUUUUUAUUUUAUAUAUAUCAAGAUGAACCCCAUUCCCUUCCCUCCAGUUUAAGACUACCCUUUGUAUAAUUUUCAUUUCAAUAAAAAUAUCAAACUCCCCUCAAACAAAACAAGAAUAAAUAAGUCACCCUAUCUAAUUUCAAACAGAUUUGUGGCCACUCUUCUUCUCUGAAAAUUUCCCUUAUUCAGGUUUAUGUGGAAAAAGUGAAAGAUUACCCCUCCCCACUGGUGACGACCCAUGCAGGAAUCAUCUCUUGAAAUAAGUACUAGCUGAGUAAAGGCAAGCAGUUGUGAAGAGCAGAGCACAGCAGCAAGUCACAUUUUUCUACUCUUUGACCAAAAGGAAAAGAAAUUAAGACGAACUUCGGAGUGGUCUAAGACUGACAAUGGCGGAAGAAUAUCAAGGACAUAGAAACUUAAUUAUCGUGAGCUUUUGCUGUUUGAAAAUCUUAGACAUUCUUCAAGUACUAGCCAGACCAACAUUUUUUUUUCCAACCCAAGACUCUUGUAACACAUCUAGACAGCAGUAAUUCUUAUUUCUAUAAUAAAGUAACAAGAUUCACCUUACCUGUGAAAAUAAAAGUUGUAUCAAAGA